AUGGAUUCUAAACUCGAGUCGACAGACGCAAAAAACAAGCUCGAAGACCUGUCCGGAGUGGUGCUCAAGCCCGGCGAGAAUCCCUACCACGCUCUCAUAGACACUUGCCAUAAUGAUGCGGCCGAGAUCCAGACCCUCUACUCAACCCAUCGGGUGACGAGGAACGCGCAACAAAAAGAGAAAUUUCUCACCUCGGAGUUCAAGGAGGUCAUCAUAGACCCGUUCCUUUUCAGACUGGAGAAUCCGAAGCUCUUCCCAGGCUUCGCAGAUCCUCGUAAUUGCAUGGUGCUGUGGGCAAGACCGCCAGAACACAUCAUGAAGCUUGCCAGCCACCUUCAGGCGAUGCUGAAGGAACUGGCUCCAAAUCGGCAGGACCCCCGAGGCAGCAGCCUCAUGGACGGCUGCAAGUCGAACCAUCCCCUUCCGUCCGAACGCACACAGAUACCGAAGAAGAACCCCAGCCCUUACGAGAUGCGCACAGUCGAGCCUUCCGCUUUGAGAGAAACCUCAUUUCACGUGCGUACGUCUGCUAACACCAACCCUCCCUAUCCAGGCCUAUGGCUCAUGCCCACCCACCGCAUGCACCUCACGGCCCUCGAGGUCGACCACUCGCGCACGCCCGACGAGAUCGCCGCCCUGCUGGCGACCCUGCGGCCCAGCGCCCCGGCGCUGACGGCCUGGCCCUACGCCCACCGCGCGCGCCUCGUCAAGCCCAUGCUCUCGUACGACCUCGCCGCCAUCGCCGUCUCCUUCCUGCCCGCCGCCGGCGAGGAGGUCCUCUCGCCGCGGCCCGUGCUGCCGCAGCCCGACGACCGCGCGUCCCGGGACGACGGGUACACGUACCACCACCUGCGGCGCGACCUGUUCGGCCAGGUCCGCGAGGCCGGCGUGGACAUCGUGUCGCGGUACGUGGUGCCGAGCGCGCACAUCACGCUGUGCCGGUUCCUGACGCAAGACGACCACGCGUCGCCCGAGGCCCGGCAGCGGUGGAUCAACAAGAUCGACGAGAUCAAUGCCUGGCUGGAAAGAGAAGUGUGGGAUCGCAAGGACGGCGAAUUCCUGGGCGAGUGGAUCGUAGGUCAGGAGAGAGGACUUGAUUUCCGGGUCGGGCCUCUGUGGUACGGAGGUGGUCGGUCCAUCAUGUUGGGCGAGGGCUUCUAA